GUAAUAUAAAAACGUGACAUAAUUUUAAUAGUUCUCCUCUAAAGUGUUUGUGUUUAUGAGAUUGAACAAGAUGGGAAGAAGAAACGGUGGCGGCGGUGGUGGUGGUUGCGGCGGAGGAAGAUCUCUGCAAUUUGCACUUCGCCGGCGAGUUGAAACCUGCAAAUCAAAGUACACUACCGCCGAAGAAAUCGUCGAACAUCUUCGUUCAAAUUACCCUGAUUAUCAACGAACCCAACACAAACAACUCAUUCGAUUCGUUAAUGACGCUCUUCAAUCUUCCUCACGGAAACCCAACCCUAAAAAUGCCGCCGUGGAUGACGGCGACUCCGACUCCGACGAUGAGGUUCGAAAUUCUUCUCGAAAGAGACGUAAGGAUGCCAUGAUCGAUGAAUCUGAAGAAAAAUUGCAAAGAUUGGAAGCUCGUCACAUUGAAAAGAGGAUGAACACGCAGGUUUCAUCAUCCUCUGAAGAAGAUUCUUCUGAUGAUGAUGAAGGUGCAGUUUCGACUUCAGAGGAUGCAAUUUAUAGUGAGAAAGUUGAACCUGCUUUUGAUUUGAUGAAAGAUAUGCUUAGAAGUUCUUACACCGGAAACAAAGAAGGAAUUAAGGAAAAGAAUGUUGAAUUGGAUAUAGGGAAUUCAAGUAAAGCUACUAUUACUGUUAAUGCAGAUGGCCGUGAAUCGAAGUCGGUGGGGAAAGGGAAAGGGAAGCAACUAUCAAAGGGAUCGGGUUUGGGUUCUAAUGUAGGCGGUGGUUGUGUUGAGGUGAAAGGGAAUGGAGGGCCGAUGUUUAAGGAUUUGGGUGGAAUGAAUGGUAUAUUGGAGGAAUUGAUGAUGGAUAUUGUGUCAUUGAUUAAUCCCGAGUUGCCUAAGCAUUUAGGAGUGAAACCGGUGACUGGGAUUUUGCUGCAUGGACCACCUGGUUGUGGAAAGACUAGACUUGCUCAUGCUAUUGCUAACGAGACCGGUCUUCCUUUUCAUCGUAUUUCGGCUACCGAGGUGGUUUCUGGUGUCUCAGGUGCAUCCGAAGAAUAUAUUAGAGAGCUUUUCGAUAAAGCAAAAAGGACUGCUCCAUCAAUUGUUUUUAUUGAUGAGAUAGACGCAAUUGCUUCGAAAAGAGAGGAUUUACAGCGUGAGAUGGAGAAACGAAUUGUGACCCAGUUAAUGACUUCCAUGGAUGAACCAGAGACUUCUGAUGAAUCUCGUGGCUAUGUUCUUGUAAUUGGAGCCACAAACAGGCCUGAUUCUCUUGACCCUGCUCUUAGACGGCCUGGUCGUUUUGAUCGUGAGUUUUUUGUUGGCGUUCCUGAUGAAUCUGCCAGGGAGGAGAUCCUUUCUGUGCUUACUCGCAAUAUUAAACUUGAUGGUUCGUUUGAUCUGCGCAAAAUAGCCAGGUCUACUCCAGGAUUUGUUGGUGCUGAUUUGGCAGCUCUGGCCAACAAAGCUGGUAAUUUGGCAAUGAAGAGGAUAAUUGAUGAAAGGAAACACGAGUUAUCUCAAGAUCUCAUGAGUGAGAAUACAAAAGGCUGGUGGAGAGAACCUUGGUUGCCUGAAGAAAUAACUAAGCUUGCUAUCAAAAUGUCCGAUUUCGAGGAAGCAGUCAUAAUGGUGCAACCUUCAGCAAGAAGAGAAGGGUUCUCUUCCAUUCCUAAUGUUAAAUGGGAAGAUGUUGGUGGGCUUGAUAGUUUAAGGCAUGAUUUUAAUCGCUACAUUGUAAUGCGUGUUAAAAAACCCCAGUAUUAUGAGGGAAUUGGGAUGAAUCUUGAGUCGGGAUUUUUGCUUUUCGGACCUCCAGGUUGUGGUAAAACAUUGAUUGCCAAGGCUGUUGCCAAUGAGGCAGGAGCUAAUUUCAUUCAUAUUAAGGGACCCGAGCUUCUAAAUAAAUAUGUUGGGGAAAGCGAGCUUGCAGUGCGGACAUUGUUUAAUCGGGCAAGGACUUGUGCACCAUGUGUACUGUUUUUUGAUGAGGUUGAUGCUCUGACUACUAAACGUGGUAAAGAAGGUGGAUGGGUUAUUGAAAGACUAUUGAACCAGUUGCUUAUUGAGUUAGAUGGUGCUGAGCAACGGAGGGGUGUUUUUGUGAUUGGUGCAACAAAUAGGCCUGAUGUGAUGGACCCCGCUCUCUUACGGCCUGGGAGGUUUGGUAAACUGCUCUAUGUUCCUCUCCCGAGCCCAGAUGACCGUGUUUUGAUAUUGAAAGCUCUUGCAAGGAAUAAACAUAUUGAUUCUAGUGUAGAUUUGAGCGCCAUUGGAAGAAUGGAUGCAUGUGAAAACCUUAGCGGUGCUGAUCUUGCUGAAUUGAUGAACGAAGCAGUAAUGGCUGCUCUUGAUGAGAAGUUGGCCUCAAUUGAGACAACCUGUGAUACAUUGACCGAUACGUUGACCAUUAGGACGAGUCAUUUUGAAGUAGCACUAACUAAAGCUUCUCCAUCUGUGUCAGCCACGCAAAGGGAAUACUAUGAGCGUUUGGCAAGGAGCCUUAAAGCGGCAUGAGCGGCACAACUAUGACUUCUUUUGUUUCUCUACAUUAGGUUAUUAUCCUGAGGAAAAGGUGAAGGAAACCAUUUUUGUUCGAGUGUAGUGAAGUUAGGUCUGUAUUUGCAUAUUUAUGAUAAGUACGUUAAUCAUAAUUUAAUUAUUGCCAAAUGGUUGUAAUUUAUGGUUCACUUAUUAUUCCUUUCAUGUUGUAUGGAAUCUGUUGCAAAUAACAGUAUCAAUUAUAGAAAUGACAUAAAUUGCCUUGUGUUUGAAAUUGCAUCA